UCUAAGCCAGCAGUCCGACUCCAGCGCCCAUAUCUACACGAUACGGCAAAUUGAGAACCUAAGUUGAUAAUCAAUUUUAGGAAUUUCAUUUGAUUUCAUCGUCAAAUUGAUAAUCAAGUUUGGGAAUUUCAUCAUCAGAUCAAAUUCGGAAAUUACUUAUCGAUCAAUGGAUGGAAAUUGUGGGGGAAAUCCUCCUCCUCUUAAUUCUCUAACUGAAGAUUUGUUGAUUGAAAUUCUAUUAUGGCUACCAGUAGUAUCUCUUUUAAGAUUCAAGGCUGUCUGCAAAUACUGGCGCUCAAUCAUCGAAAGCUCAGAUUUCAUCCAUCGGCAUGCUACUUUCCAAACCUCCACAAGUAAGUUGGGUAAUUUCAUCUUUCAAUAUCGCCCUAAAAAUGUUAUUCAUCGAAACUUCAGACCACAUUUUUUCGUGCUAUCGUCGUCUCAUGGUAGUGGUCACAGUGAAGAAGAUUAUGGCCUUUGGAGUUACAAAAACUUAGGUAUAUCACCACAUUUAAGUGAUGCGGAGGAGUAUGAUAUGUAUGAUAGCUAUCCUCCUCAAGCAAAUAUGGUGGCUUCAUGUCAUGGCAUCAUUUGCAUACAUGAUCCUCAUCUUAGGGAAAUUUUCCUUUGGAACCCUGCAACUAAGAAAUUCAGAUGUCUCCCUAAAUCAUUACCUCUCCUAGAAGAAUUUGGUCUUUUAUUGUCAGAGUUUGUUUUGUUUGGUUUCGAUUGCAAAACAUAUGAUUACAAGGUGGUACAAGUAACUUUUUUCGAAAUUGACAUUCCACUUGGUACCACUCCCAAGAACAAGGUUCAAAUAUAUACCCUAGGCUCAGAUUCUUGGAGGUGGUGUAUCGAUCCUAAUUUAUAUGCUCAUUCUUAUAAAGGCAAUCAUGAAAAUCAAGGUCGAUAUCUUAAUGGUAGUUAUUAUUUCUUAGGAAAUAAAUUUCAAAGAAAAGAAAGGAUAGUGGAUUCUGUGCUGCAAUCAUAUGUUGAUUUAGAGGAAGUGCUUCUUUCUUUCAAUUUCAGCACAGAAAGUUUCAGGAUGAUAACUGCUCCGUCCGAAAACUCUGAUUUAGAUGUCAUAGGAGGUGAUCAGGGAAGGAUUGUUUACAUUACAUGUUUUUCUAACAGCACCGCGGAGUAUAAUAUUGAAGCAUAUGAAGUGUAUGCUUUGAAUGAUUAUGAUUAUAGUUGUAGUGCUACAAGUGUGGAGAAUUACGAGUACUCAUGGAGUAAAUCUCAUGCGUUCACUGUAAAUCGUCCUUUUGGCGUCUAUGGUCCCAGGGCAAUUACAAAAAAUGGAGUCUUUUGUUUUCUAUGUGGUUAUGGCGGUGGCCUGAUGUUUGUCAACUCACUUACAGAAGAAAUGAAGGAUAUUGAAAUUGCUGAUGCAUCUUUGGAGGGUUUAGGUGAUGUGUUCAGAGGCGAUGUUUACAAGGAGAGCUUAGUCUCAAUCGAUAGUCCACCUCCCAGCAACAACAGUAGCUAGAGAUGAAAUCGGUUUCCACACCAUUCACAACUUUGGCAUGCACAUAUGGCGCGGUUUGGCAUACUGCUGCAGGCUAGCUGCUUAGUAGUAUUUCUUUUCUAUUUUUCCAAAUGAAUAGUUUCUAUGAUUCCAUUCCUCUAUGUCCAGAACAUAUAUUUUCAAAUGUUAUGGGGUUUGUGGGGCGUUUUUAAGACUUGGAACCUCUAAACAACAGUUUGUUGAUUCGUUUCAUCUGAUUGCAGUCAUUUAUUUGUCCAUUGUUUUUUGUUUGUGGUUGUAUCACUUUUUUGGACCUGAAUAUUCCACUAUGAAUUUUAAUGCAA